AUGAAGACUUUACAUACGCAUACUCGGGAAAUCAGAAACCAGACUCGUGUUCGAAAACUUGACCCGAAUGUUGUUGUAAUACUCGGUACUCCUUGGCAAUCAGCUGGUCCAGGUGAUGAUGUCAUUAACAGUCCCGUUUCUGGAAAAAAUUUAUUGUAUGCUCUACAUUAUUAUGUUGUCCCAAAUAACGAGCAUAUUGAGAAUCAAAAGAAAAGGAUUUUAAAAGCCAAAUCAAAAGGAAUUGGAACUUUUAUUAGUGAAUAUGGCGAUGCUGAUGUUAAUCUUCCUGCUCCGCUUAAACCAAAUGAAAUGAAAUCUUUUUGGGCCUUUAUGGAUCAAAACAAACUUUCCUACUGCAAAUGGUCAUUAUCCAACAAAAAUGAAGUCUACUCCUUGGUGCUGCCUCAUUGUACCCCUGAUCAAGCAAACCAAGAAAGAUGCCUCAGUCCCUCUGGAAAAUUGCUUCGCGAUUAUAUGAAAAAUCAAAGGAAUGGCAUCACAGGCUGUUGA